GGGAAGCCUUCCAGAGCCAAAUCCAGCGCCAGCAGAAGCCCUCCAGAGCCAACAACAGCAUCCGUGAAGAAGCCUUCCAGCGCCAACUACGAGCCCGUGAACUAGCCUUCCGGAAAAUCAAAAAAAAAAUAAAAAAUCUUCAAAGCAGAGAUUUCAUGAAACCUUCAACCAACAUGGAAGAAAAAUUGGGAGAACAAAUGACUAUUGGCCAAGACGUAUUAUGGAAAGAACUAAUCAAACCAAAUACGUGGAUGUUCAUUUCCAACCAACCGUCCACUAUAUCAAAACUAUGCGGAGGAAAACGAGAAGAAAUUACCAUCAAUGGAACUGGCACAAUUCACAUAGGAGCAGACUGUCUCCUCAGAACGCAAAAUAUAAUCCUUCGAGCGAGGUUCACGAAUGAGAUGAAAUCAACAACGACGUUCAGCAAGCCAAUCCCAUUGAACUUAUGGCAAGGGAACUCGAAUCCUCUCAAUGAAAAUCUCAUCGAGCCCGAAACAGCAAUGGGCAACAUCUCUGCAAAUUUAACAAAGAUAAUUCUGGGAGAAGAGGAACCAAAUUCACAUAUCUGGAGACAUUUUUCACACCCUCUUGCUACAACCACCGUGAUAGGAAUCUCUGCGAUAGUCACACUAGCUGUAACGUACCUCUGUAUGCGAUAUAUACGUCCACUCCUUCGGAACCGAAGAACUAACAGAUCCACCACGGAAAUAAAUGAAGUAGAAGCCGAAAUUCCAUUGACCGAAAUCACACCGAGUUCAAAACCACGCCAGCAAUGUUUCGACCUUGACCAGCUCUACGCCGAGGCGAAAACAGAAUUCCAGACGAGAGACCAACUCCGGACGUCAGCACCCAUUCAUGACCAUGCCCAAUAAAGCACUCGAUCGAGUGUCACACGAGUUAGAAAUAGGAAAUUAAGAAAUAGGACAAUAGAAGUAACAGAUUGCCAACACUGGAGCUCCAACAUCAUAGCCUGCAGCACUUCGGCCUUGGGAGUAAUGUUCGAAAUUCGAACAUUAUUCUAAAAAAUACUCAAGU